AUGGACGUGUCCAGCCACAGCCUGUUCCUCCUGCAGCAGCUCAACGUCCAGAGGGAGUUCGGCUUCCUGUGUGACUGUACUGUCGCCAUUGGCAACGUGUACUUCAAGGCCCACCGGGCCGUCCUGGCUGCCUUCUCCAACUACUUCAAGAUGAUCUUCAUUCAUCAGUCAAGCGAGUGCAUUAAGAUCCAGCCCACGGACAUCCAGCCGGAUGUGUUCAGCUACCUGCUCCACAUCAUGUACACUGGCAUGGGCCCCAAGCAGCCAGUGGACCAGGGCCGCCUACAGGAGGGCAUCAAGUUUCUCCAUGCCUACCAGCUGUGCCGUAACCCCGACGAGGGUUCCCCCGAUGUUGGCGACCUGGUCCGUAUGUCCAAUCUGUACGGUAUUCAGAUUUCAUCCCAGUUGGCCAACAAAGAGGGUACUGAGGGCCCUAAAGGUAGUGCAGGGGCCCGAGGAGGAGGCGGCCCGGAGGACGGGCGUUCGUCCACCCAGGCGGGCCGCUCCCACGCCGCACAGUUCUCGAUGACCGUGGGGAUGGAGGGCAUCCCCUCCUCGGACCGCCAGCCCUUCUCUGGUCUCCUCCGUGGCGUCUCCUCAGUGGCUUCUGGCGACGACUCAGACAUCUCGACACGCAUCAAGCAGGAGAGGGUGGAGGAAGGGGAGGGAAAGGAGGGCCACCAGGUGCUGGGAAGGGUAGGGUCCCCAACAUCUCCCUCAGCCCAGGGCGGCAGCCCCUGCCAGGGCCUCCUGUUCAAGGAUGGCCCUCUGGUGCUGCUGUGCCCCCGCUGUGGCGAGCGCUGCUCCUCCCCCGAGGGGCUCCGCAAGCACCUGUUCAGCCAUGCCGCCUGUUCCCUGGAUCCCAGUGGACUAAUGGAGGACCUCUCCCAGGGCGGGGUAGGGGACCCGGAAGGCCCUGAGGACAAGCAGCAACGUGGGGCCCCCCAGGAUCAGCUAGAUGCAGGCUGCUUGGAGGAGGCCCUGCGGCAGAGCCAGGCCCUAGCUAAUAAGCUAGCUGCUGAGCUAAGUUGGAGCAGGGGCGGUAUAGCCAUUGGCACUAGUCCACCCCCCACCACCACCUCCAGUACCAGUCACGCACGAAAGCGCAAGAUCGCUUGUGCUGUGUGCAGCUUGCGCUUUGCCCAGAAGAGCCAGCUGCAGGAGCACAUGUAUACUCACACGGGCAAGCCGUCACGCUACCACCGCUACAGCCGCCUCUGCAGCCAGCUCAUCCACGCCUCCGGACACUUCUGCGAGGGUCCACCGGAGGGCGGCGUUGGGGUGGCAGCAAGCACCACAGUAAUGUUGACGGAGGAGUCCAACAGGGAAGCUCAGGACAAUGGCAGCUCCUGCUAUUCGCUAGACUCUGAGAUCUCACAAGAGAGCGUGGAUGCCGUCACUGUGGAAUGAAAGUGAUCAAAAAAAGUGCCAAAUAUUUUUUUCUUAUUCUUAAUUCCCGAUAGUACCUCCUGUUUCAGUUUGUUUUCUUUGGUUUGAUUCCUACUGAACAUGACCUUGUUUCAGUUAUAGGGAUUCCUUACCUUUUGUCAUUAUCCUUCCACUUAUCCGCUUAUAUCCUGUCUUUUGUCAAUACUGUCAUCUUUCUGUUGGUUAGAUGAAACUCUGUGAUGUGAUUCCAGUGUAAACCGUAUCUAAUUUUAUUCAGUGAAUGUCUGAAUAGAAUAGAACAU